GAGAUGCGCGCUGCAGUGACCCUAGGCCUAGUGGUUUUACUGUUUCUGCUAACACUAAGCAGUUUGUUGUUUAAUUCAAAAUGGACAUAUUUAGACAAAAGUUUAUUUCAUUGGAUCAAUUCCAACGAUACGGUAAUAUCUAUAAAGUUUUUAACAACGAAACCUACACACCUACAGGUUAAGAAAGUGAUCUUAUUGUGGACACCGUUCUUCAAUAGCCAAGAAUGGGAAAGGAUUUCAUUACAAAAAUUGAACUGUUCGUUCAGUCAGUGUAAAAUAACUAGAGACCGAAACCAUUUUAACUAUAGUGAUCUUGUGGUUUUUCACUGGAGAGAUAUCAAAGUCCAUGAUCUCCCACCCAUUCAUCCCCCCUUUCAGCGAUGGGCUCUGUUUAAUUUGGAGUCUCCUCAUCACACACCAGCCGCUGUUCUCCGGGCUUUAGGAGACAACAUAAAUUGGACAGCAACUUACCGUACUGAUUCUGACGUUUUUGUUCCGUACGGAAAACUCGUCCCCAAGAAUACGAAUGAAGUCAUUAGAGAUGAGAACUGUCGGAAUGACCAGAAUAUUUCAGAUAAUAACUUGGUCGUGUGGCUAGUGAGUAACUGUGAAACCACGUCUAAUAGAGAGAAGUUUGUUGAACAGCUAAAACGGUUUAUUUCAGUCGACGUGUACGGAAAGUGUUAUGGAAACAUAUGUUACCCAGUAAAUCCUCGGGACGAGUGUUACAAAAGGUUAGCACAGAGAUACACGUUUAUUUUGUCGUUUGAAAACUCGAUAUGCAAGGAUUAUGCUACAGAGAAAUUGUAUAUGGCUUUAAAAAUGGGUCUAAUACCGGUGGUGUUUGGUGGUGCAAAUUACAGUUCGUUUUUACCUCCAAAUUCUUACAUCGAUGCUCUGAAUUUUUCCUCUCCAAAUAACCUAGCAAACUAUUUGUUAACCGUCUCCAAAAGUAAUAAACUAGUCAACAGCUAUCAGGAAUGGAGGAAAAUGUUCGACGUUCAACCCCUGUCCUUUAGGUGGUUUUGUGACUUGUGUGAAAAGCUCUCCACGGAACGUAGUGAAAGACAGUCUUUUCAUAAGUUUCAAGAACUACACCGUUGGUGGUUUGAUGGGGCUAAGUGUAAAAAGUGGGUGGAUAACGCCAUAAAAUUAAUUUGAAAUAUUUUAACGUUCGUUAACUGAUUGAUAAGCCUAAAUAAAUUAAUUUAUCUUUAAGUUUAAGCUUUUAAAGUCUUCAUUAGAACUGAGGACUUUACUACAUUUCUAUGAUUAUAAGUGUAAUAUAUCUAGAAAUAUCAUUUUUUGUUAUAAUUCACUAUUCUUUGCCACAUUGUUCAGUUUUUAAGGAUAGGAUAUUCAGGUUCACUGUUACUAACAAGUAAGAAGUAUCGCAAUAACAGAAGUGUCGUAAGGAAUUGAACAAAAAUAGAAAGGAAUAUCUCAAAAACAAUUGUAAAACAAAGAAAAGGACACACAGAGAAACAGUAUUCUGUGUUUUCAUUCAACAAAAACAAUUGUGUGUGUGUGUGUGUGUGUGUGUGUGGUUGGUAAUUCAAUGUUAUUGUAAUGAAAUUAACUGCUGGAGCAGGACUAGCAAAUAAAUCUGUUCUAUAAAAGAUGGAUUGCCCCAGGCAGAAAAGUUGAAUCUAUAAUACCUUAAGUAGUAUGCUACCCCACAUUUCUAGAUUACCUGUGCCAGUGACCAAUCCGCUUGUACAUAUAAAUCAAACUCAUACUAAGUUGUACACAUCUUGGAUAUGCCUCAUAUCCCAGAGGGAAGUGAUAACAUAGAAGUGUUCCACUAUACCUGGAAAGAGACUACAUCAAAACCAUGUUCUUCAUGAUCUGCAUUCUCGAAUUUUCGAUUUUGUCACAAACAUACUGUUUACUAGCAUAAAAAAUUUGACUUGAACUUUUGUGCUCUAGA